AAAACUAGACUUUUUCUGACGAACAUAACAUCGUACAUGCAUAGUAGUACUCUUUUCUGGCACCAUAGACACAUACUGACGUACGUUUUACCUACUAUAGGCUGAUGUGUCCCAUGUACAUUAACGUGCUUUGUUUUCCUGAAAUGAGUUGUCCAGGCACGUUUUAUUGCCUUCUUACUAGGCAAUGUUCACUGCGGCAGUGGAAGAUCCAUAAGCAUGGGUUUUUGUUAUCUGACCUUCUGAAUGCAAGUCUUAGUAAACUUUCCGGCGAAAAUCGUGCAACUCAAUCGUUUAUGGAAUAAAAAUACCGUUUUUCACAGCGAGUCGUCGGUGCCUGGAACGGGCUUCCCGAGGACGUAAUAAUGGCGGAUACCACGGAGACGUUCAAGCAAAGACUCGAUGCAUAUUUGCUUGGACACUAUCGCUUGUCUGAACAGAACAGCUCUGUGGUGCUAAACCAACGCCUUGCAUACUCAUACCGCUAAUGCGGAUGACCGUCAUUAUAUUUUACUGAAAUCAUCUACAACUGAAUGUUCUAAAGUUUUGGUUCUACAUUUUCACGGAAGAUAUUAUGUUAAAUGUGUAUAUUGCUGACAAUAUUUCAGUACCAUGUUUAUUUAUAGUGAGAUAUUGCAUGUACCGUUUACAAUAGGGUUUUCAAAGGCACUGCCUAUUACUCUUAAAAUAUACUGACCUAUACUGACCUAAAAACGAGGGAUAAACGUCCCAGGAACAAAGUUUGAAAAGUCGGCCGACUUUUAAACGGCUUUGCUUCCUCAGCUACACAAGAAAACCAGAUGUUGCUUCACCAUUAUGGAUUUUAAUAUAUAAGGGAUCCCCAUCGCCUUAGCAAACAAAAUAGGAAUCUUAUGACGAACGUUCCAUCCAGUUUUUCAGACAAAUUUUACGAAUGUAGGCGGAAUACGUCUCGUCUAUUAAGGAUGACAUGGAGACAACGAAUGAGAAAUGUACCUUAAUAAGACACUGGAAUAGUGACCUCCUGUGAUACAGAUUACCUUGAACUAAAUCCCUAUUUCCUAGCGCUAGCCCAUACCUUUAAUCUAACCCGAAACCUGACCCUUAUAUUAACCCUCACCUUAACUUGCCUUGAUCCUAACCUUACCCUAACCCUAAUCCUGAAGCUAACCUCAACUUUAAACAUAACCUUGACCUCCCUGGAUUUAGUUCAAAGGCUCCCUGUACUAACGGGGGUUCCUAUUUUCGUGUCCUGUCAACACACUUUAGUUGAUUAAAUUGUCUCUAGGAAUUUUCGAAUUUCAAGGGACCGGAGGUUUCAGUAUUAAAUGUAAUUCAUCUGAAACUCUAUAACUCGCCCGUUAAACUGACUAGGCUCUUGUCGGUCUUGUUAGACGAAUCCCUCAUACCGCAAUUCAGUCUUCUAACCAUAAACUGACAAGGAAUACGAUUUUAGUAAGAGCGGCAAUCCUGUGGUUGUAGACAGUUACGGAUACUUUCAUAUUUCGCCAUGUGUAGUCGCACGAAGUGAAGCAUUAAAACAACUGGUCUGUGGAAAAAAUUCUAACCUCUUGUCUAACACCACAGACGAUUUCCAGAAAAUGAAAUGUCGAAUAAUCACGCCGCCAUAGACAAUGCGCAGUUGGUUACAAUGGUUGGAUUAAGGUUAAAGGGCCUCAAUCCCAUAAAUCCACUGCACAAAGGUUUCACAUAGUAUACCUCACCUGUGAAUUGUCCAGCAGCUGACAAUUAGUGUCAAAUACAAGCAUUUUAAAUUAAUUGCAAACGUUCUUGUGAGUCGUCCCUAUCCAGUCUCUGCUUGGCGGCAGCAGAUGAAGCUCACAGUUCGAGAGAAAGACAUCCCACAAAGUUUAAUCCUGGUACCCAGUUGUUUCCUUAGGCCUUAUAAGGGACUUGAAAGAAGUAGAUUUAUAUAUCACGACCUGGAAGUCAUUCUUUGCAAUUUUAAUGAACAGAAUUCUAAAAUAAAUCGCAUUGUGUUGUUUGAUAUCGUUGCACUUGACCCUCCCCUGGGAACAUUCAUUCUCCGAAUAGAAGACUCCUGCUGUCUCCAGAAACGCAUAAAGUCCUCAUUUUUUGAUGGUGGAUGCUAAAGUCAUCGAAUCAUUUUUAUGAGACGCAUAACAUCGCAAGUUGAAUGCUGCGCUCAACCAAGAAUUCCUUACAAUUAUUCCUGAAAAUUGUUUUCCUGUGUAUUUGGAAGCUUAUACUGUUGGUGACGCAAACCAAGAGUUAAGAACACUAGAGAUUAGAUGGUAUCUCAUCUGGACCAAAAGAUUUAAUUUUAUUCCAAAACGCCAGCUAAUAAAAAGUAAUUUUGCCACAAAACGAAAUGUUUUCAGUAAUCGAAGUCCUCGCAUAGGUCAUUAUAGGUCAGUAUAUUUUAAGGGUAUCAGGCAAUGCCUUUGAACACCCUAUAGAGGACGCUGCAUGCAAUAUCCAACUUUAGAUAAACGUUCUAUUGAAAUUUUGUCAGUAAUAUACACACUUAACAGAACAUUUUCUUUGAAAAUGCAGGGCCGAAACUCCAGAACAUUCAGUUGUAGAUGACAUCGGUAAAAUGAAGUGACAAUCAUCCGCAUUAGCGGCAGGUGUUUGCACGGCGUUGGUUUGAUAACAAUAACUUUAUCAAACAGCUUGACAAGAGAUGGAGUUUUAUAAACACCUAGAUAAUUUCAAAUAUCAUAACGAGAUCUAACUUUAAAUACUGGAAAAAUAACAGAAGUUUUCCAACAAUCAGCAAGGAAACCAUUCCUGAGAAAAUCUGAGAAGACUUUUACCACUGGAGUAGGAAAAUCUCUUAUCUGCUUAAAAAGAGGGUUUCUUGAAAUCGACGUAAGCAAUGUCGACCCUUGUUUCUUCGUCUAACGAGCGCGACCACUGUUCAUUUGAAUAGAGCGUAUUAGUUAGGCAGGAGUGACUUCGUCGAAAACCAUGUUGGGAACUAGCAAUGAAAUUAUUUUCUUAAAGGAACUUCAUUAUGGCUUUUUUGACUAUUCUCUCCAUGAAUUUGCAACAAAUUCACGUUAGGCCCAUUGGCCGAUAAUUGUUUACACAUGGUCUAGAUCCACCCUUGUGAAAGGGGUAUAUCUUCGCCACUUUUCAAUCAGAGGGGAGAAUGUCUCGGUCAAAGAACGAACUGAAGAUAUGCAAAGGCGGUCAAGCGAGUUCGCAAGCCUAAUCCCUCAGAACUUGUAAUAAUAAUAAUAAUAAUAAUAAUAAUAAUAAUAAUUUUUAUUUAAUGUCAGUUUACGGGCAUUGUCAGGGAAGCGUUUAACACAAAUCCGGCCAGAGGUGAAAAAAACGCCUGUGGAAAAGGAAUAAAAAUAUAGUUGACGUAGAGUUUCCGUGCUAAGGAAUCGGCAAAAGUUGUGAUUCCUUCCACAAGGUAGGAUAAGUAUCACUUUCAAGAGCGAGAUUAAAUAUCUUGCAUAAGAGGGAUGGGAAAAUCGUAUUUGCAUCGGCUUCUAAAAUGCUUACUGUGACACCAUCAGUUCCUGGACUAUGAGAUUGACGAAAACGCCGAAUCGCAACAGUCACAUCCCACAGAGUGGAAGUUAUAGUUUCUAGAGCUGCUCCGGUCAAUGCCUGGAUGGUCGGAAGCGGAGUGGUCGAGUCUUCAAUAAACGUUUUGGACAGGAAAUCAUUAAAGCUAUCAAAGAUUAACUGGGCAUCAACUAUGGGAUUUCCGAGAGCGUCUCGGAGGAUGGGAUGCUGCGUCCUUCUAUGAUUUCGUGUUUUUCUAGAGAAAAGUUUCGAGACACUUAACGAAUGGUUUUCGGUGAACUGGACCUCUUCGGCUAGCUGUUUUUCUUCAGACAAUCUCUUAGCUCGAUCAAAAAUAUCACAAAUCAAGGGCAGGACAGAAACGUCGUUCUGAAGAUGGAAUCGACGAGAAGGUCUGCGCAAUCUGCGACGAAAGGGUAAAGGUAGGAAAACCUCAUCCCCAACAUUAAUAAUUUUCUUACGGGGGACAAAACGAGAAAUAAGCGGAUCCAAAAUUUUGUACAGUUUUGCAUUGCAAACAUUUACAUCCGAGCUAAGGAAGAAAUCAGUCCAGUCGUAGGAAUUAAGGUGCAUUUAUAAUUCGGUUGAGCGAGUUGAUCGGAAAUUGCGGAAAAAGCUAUGCUUUGGGGACAACGUUUUGUCAGCCUCAAAUUCCAACGUUGAAUUAACUAUGUCAUGGCCUGAGCACCCGAGUGGGCCUAGGGAUGACGCUGACGAUGGCAUGCAGCCUCCACAAAAAAAUUAGGUGAAGUAUGCUUGAUCCUCGGGUGGGAAAAUCGACAACCUGAGUCCACAUCCCAACAUCGACAGUCUCAAGAAAGUCUUCAAACUUUCUGGGGCCUGAAGGCGGAGACCAGCAGACUUCGGGAAGAUUAAAGUCACCCGCAACCAAUUAAUACUUAAAGUUUGAGUCGGCCGCAGCAUGAAAUGCCUGUGAGAUUAAACGAGCAAAAUUGUCAUUGGCGUUGGGAGGGCGAUAAACGCAGCCAACGAGGAAGGAGAACUUAUUUUUUAGUGCAACCUGGAGCCAGCGGCUGCCUUCUACUGCGGAAAAAAGGCGGGAGGUCAAGCGGCAAAAAUGUAAGUGUUUGCUUAAAGUAGAAGCAGCUGCCCCCAACACGGCUGUCUUGGCGAUCAUUUCGAAUGCAAUUAUAGCCUAGAAGCCAGAGUUCGGAUUUAGCUACGGAGGCUGACGCCCACGUCUCAGUUACUAGAACAAUAUCUGGACAAUGGACGAAAGCCAAAGUCUGAAGCAAGGGCAUCUUAGUAAGCAAAGAUCUGGCAUUUAAAACAAAAAGUUUGAAGGUAAAGACUGUUUGUUUUUGAGGGAGGUGGGUUACGUCGUCCAGUGCUUGGCUGCCCAUGGAGCAAACGGUCCGGAUGCAACCAUCCGGUUCCACAAAAAGAUUUUGUGGCAUCAAAAGAUUCUGGCGUGAAUAAAAAGGGGUAGGACUUGGGGUCUGGACCCGGAGACUUACCCUCCUUAAGCGCUAGAAGUUCCUUCCUCACAUCUCCUUCCGUGAAGUCAAUUUUUUCUAUUAUUUCGUCGGCUGUUCCAGUAGGCAACACAGCCUCUUAAAAGUCCGUUUUAUCGGUAAAAAUAGAUACGGAAAAUCAGCCAAGAUGUUCUGCUUUAGCGUCAUUUUCGAUGACAUCCUCAUUGUUUUCUCCACUCAACAUUAAGAACGUUUCCUUGUUCUUUAACUUACUGUUGGUGUAAACGAAGAGCACUUUUGGCUUAUCGAUGGCCCGUUCCAUAACUCGCGUUUCAUACUCUUUCUGUGACCUGUGGAUAGCCGGCCUAACCUCGUUUCGCCUUCGACGAAACUGCUCAUAAUAAGACGGUUGUUUUGUUGCUGCAUACCUUCUCCAUAGUUUUUUUUUUCUGGUUUAUUUCUUUCUUUAUAUCUCGCGUUAUCCAGGCAGGACGACUAUUCUUUUUGACUUUAUUUGGCGGACGGUUUCGAUGCAUGAUGUCGAUUACAACUCCUUUGAUAAUUCAUAUUGACCCAACUGUGAAAAACUCGGCGCCUCGGUGGGAUUCGAACCCACGCAGUAAGGGGAAGGCUUUAGCGCAGCCAACGCUCUAACCACCUGAGCUACGAGGCCCCGCCGGACGACGCGAGUUUAAUCACAUGUGGGUCAAGUUACCCGCCCAACCUACUGCAACGUCUGGAAUCCACCAAAUCUGAUACAGUAAGUUGACUGCCCAAGCAGGAUUUCCUAAGUAAUUCACCUAGAAUCCACCAGAUGACUACCAGGCUCGCGUAAUUCAUUGAUGUUUUGGCAGAAUUUUGCAUUAUUCAUAUUGACCCAACUGUGAAAAACUCGGCGCCUCGGUGGGAUUCGAACCCACGCAGUAAGGGGAAGGCUUUAGCGCAGCCAAAACAUCCUUUGAUAAUGUUGCAAUCAACGUCUUGAUGUCCGGAACGAGCAUCAUUCCAGUCCGCUGCCGAUAAUUCCCUUCUCAUGGCGGCAAAAUCUCCUCGCGAGAGAUUCAGCCGAGGCUCAUUUGUAUUCACUUGUUGGCUGCAUUGGUGGUAUUCCCAAAACAGCAUGACAUGGUCACUCUUACCGGGCGGACUUAUGGACCUAAGUUUGCCAGGACUAAUUUGCUCUUUUGUAAGGACGAGAUCCAGACAAUUUUCUCUUUGGUCCUUUCUGAUCCUGAUUGGGAACGUGACGUUUUGCACCAAAAAGAGAUUAGCCGUUAGCAUCAAGAGCCUGGAAUCAAAGGAAUUUCGCGAAACAUUUGCUAAUAAAUUGUUCGACGGCACAGCCAUAGGUGAGUCGGUAUGAAUUAAUUAGUGACACCACGCAAAUAAGAUCAGCAGGGGAACGUCUUCAUUGCGCAAAUACUGUACACAGGAUUUCAUCGUCGCGAUCGACAAUAUCCACCGCAUGUCCAUCGGUUUGGGUGCAGGACCAGUGACUUGCGCAUGAAGAAGUUCGCAGUGAGGCAGGAAUGUGCGGCACCUACCGCACUCUAACUUCCCUCACCCACCCUGCUCCGAGGCUAACCAACGUCGAAACGGCCGAGAUUCCGCGCGAGCUAAGUGUCCGACAGGUCUAAACAUUUCGUCCAUGCCUGGCACGUGUGACACGCGCGGUCUGGUGUGCCCAUAUGUAUCAGGCUUUUUAGUUCAGUUUAUUUGGUAAGGAUAAUAGGCAAAGCCUUUGAAAUCCCUAUUGAUUACAUGUCAGCUCGUAAGAAAUAACUGUACACAAACAAAAUAUGUUCACUAUUGAAACAGUACUUGGUUCAUUUGAGAAGCAUUGUCUCAGAGAAAAUAUUUGUCUGGACCAGGGGUAUUUAUUCAGAUUCAGACUGUCGAGGGAAAACAGGGGACACAAAUAAUCAUCCAAGCGUUUCUUGAAGAGUUGCAGGGACGUAGCCUCCACGACUGACUGAGGGAGAUCGUUCCAUUUCUCCACUACUCUCUGCCUGAAAAAUAUAGAACGAAGAUUCAGCCCGUAACUUCAUCGAGUGACCACGAAGAUUGGGCGAAAGGUGCCACUGAAACAUGUCCUCAAAUUUAAGUCCAUACUCAAAGCCAUGUAUUAUCGUGUAUAUGAGGAUAAGAUCACCUCUUUGUUGCCUGUAACACAGAGGAAAUAAAUUAAGGCAAUUCAGUCUUCCUGUGUAGGAUUGGCUUUUUAGACCGUUUACCAGCUUUGUUGCACGCCGUUGUACUCGUUCGAGGCAUGCUUGGUCCUUUACUAGCCACGGCCGCCAUGCUUGUGACAAUGGUCCGGGUCUCGGGUGUGUGAGAAUGCCAUAAGGAUCACCGUGAGAAGGGGCCAAUUCAGUCUGGCAGGCUAUCCCACAGUUACUCUAAAAUACUUUUGAGGAUCGGGAUAUCCCGUCAGCUAUUAGUCUCCCAAAUCACGAUCUUCAGUGCGUCAUUCCACAGUUAAGCGUGUCAGAUAUAUUAUGGCGAGGAAUACGCGGAUUUGCAGUGGAGAUGGGUUCCUCACUACCGGCCUCAAUAUCUUAUUCUUUUCCAUGCACUCAUCGUCUGUUCGAUCCUAUCUACCAAAGAUGGUGAACGCAAACGCAGUGUCUGGGAAAGCUGAACAGCCAGACUACGCGUGACAUGCAUGGCCUGGUCCUUACCCCAGGUGGACCAGCCGGUAGUAGUUAAUUCGGUGGAUUUUGAAUUCAAGACUACUAAAAAAGACAUUCUAUAGAUUUCUAUUAGGUCGGAAUUUUUUAACUUUUGCUUUUUAAAGGCGUUCUUAUAAACACUUGUUUUUGGAAUUGGUGGUUGCAAAGUCCUUUCGGGUUUCUUGCUAAACUAUGCCUACUUGAUAUCUUUUUGCAUUCUAUGAUUCGAAUUUCGGACUUUCUAGCUUGCCGCAUUGGUACAGGUCUUUGUUCUAUACAGUUUUUGCGGGGAUUGCAUCGUAGACUUUGAUUGAACUCUAAUCACGUUAGUGCCUAAAUCGAGCCAACAUAAGGCAAAAAGCAUCAGACAUCCGCAGCUAUUUGUCUUCGCAGAAACGGCCACUUCCGCCCGGUUGUUUAUGUUCGUCUGCAAAGCCUAUCCGUGUUAUGUAACCGUAGUGAUCAAUGUGUUGAAUUUCGGUCCACUUUCUCCAUUCUUGGUACAUGUUCGAGAGUACUGUUCUCGACUUGCCCUCUCAGGAUUGUAAACAUAUUCAUUCUUUCGUUAAUUUGGCUGCCAAGAAAGCCUGUGACAGACAUAGAAUAAAGCUUAUCUUUCCCCGGGAAAAACACCCUUAGGCCCAGAUAACCAACCGAUAUUACUGCAGAUUCUCUUUUCUUAUAUGUUUUAAUUAUAAAAUAGCUUAAGUAAUUUAUAGAUUGCUGUCAAGCAGAAUAUUAUCGGGCUUUUCUUUGCCAGUAAUUAUAAUAACUGGGCAAGGAAAAGCCCGAUUUCGACCCACCGUUUUAACUCGCCAGAUCCAAGAUAAGUUAAAAUUGGUUAUUAUUCGAAGAUUUUGACACAUUUAGCAUUUAUUAUCAUGUAUAUUUAUUAUUGGUGUUUUAGUGUACCUGAGUUCCUAAAUCGUUGGAAAAACGUCUAAAUUUCUAUAUAAUUCUACUCUAGAAACUAUGGCUGAUGCUAAAGUUACCGCCAAUAAAAUAGGUCUCUCGGUCAUCUUACGUUCGCAGAACUCUUUCGAGAAAUAGGGCCACUAGUUUAUGAUUCUCGAAUCGCUAUAAGACCCAAGUACAUUUAUAAAUGGCGUAGGAACCGUAUUACAAAUGGAAUCGAUCAUGCACUUGAUAUCAUUAUGAAUCGCAGAUCAAUCGAAACGCAGAUCUAGUAUCAUUAUGCGUAAUAUACCCCACACAGUUAACUCAACGUCAGCAAUCCAACAACUUAUACACUCGUGUAGCCUUAACAUUUGUACAGCUCUCAUCAAACGGUAAAGUUCAAGAAACAAAGAUAAACGAGUCUUAGUAACCUCGCAUUCACAGACCAAGACCGAUCUACUAUUAAAAACCCUGAACUAAACGAAGAUAUGCACAACCUACCAUCACUCAUAGGUCCGCCCUUACACGUGUGUAAGGACGUAAACUUCAGGGCCAAAACACUGAGUACGAGCGCGAUAAUCAGCAUAUCGUUUCUCCAACUGAAACUCUGGCAAGUACUUAUAAUUAUGAUACCAAUACAAAAAAGUGCACAACCCAGUAUAAACAAAAUAAUCAACAAGCCGCUCCCCAACAGUACCUCUGGCAAGUACUUUUGAUUCUAAUACUCAUAAUAAAAAAACAUAUAAUUGCUAAGGCAGUUGGGAAGGGAGACAAAUGAAACGAACUCUGCAAGACAAACACCCUACUUGGACAAAAUGAGGCCGCAGACCCCGGAUGCAUCCAAGUAAUACUAUAAGACAGUAAUUUAAGUUCUUCUACGAUGCUCCAAAACGCUUAGCCAAUAGCAGAAAAUGUCGACCAAGCAACACAUGCAAACCAAAAAGCCUUAUUAAGUAAUCCGGCGCAACCAAGUAGCUCAAAAUAUGUAGACCAAAGAACUGAGAGUACCCCGAAUGAUCAUCAGAAGCGGAAAAGUUUUUAUAAUAGCACCUCCACUCCUCAAACUACACCUGCGUCACACAGAUGUAAACCAAAGCACACUAACUUUUCAACUAUCUUAGCACGUAAUGACAACCCCACCAAUUACCUAGAUCCACAAACUUUCCCAGAUGAAACCCCAUCUGAAUUGAACUACGAACUAGUUAGCCUACUUUUCCAAAUGAGAUCUAACCCAUACACAACAUCACAAUUCAACAAUCACAAAAUUCCCUCCCUUAAGCCCUUCGCACAAUUGAAUUGCCUUUGGGCAUCAUUUUCUCGCCACGAUUUACCUCUUCUAUAUCCAACAUCCUAAUCAUCGCUCUUUAUAGCCCAUAUAGUAUCUUAAUUAAGUCCUUUUGCUUAAAUAUAUAACCCUCAUAUAAUUUGUAUUUCAGCAACAUGAACAAAUUAAUUAAUAUCGAAUGUUUCCCUGUGUGUCUAUAAUGUCUAUCGGCAGGACCGCGUAAAAUAAACAAGGCGGAGGUUGUCUGAUCUAUAUCAAGACUCACCUUUGCCAAGUGGUUUUGGUGUUCUUGAGGAAACUUCCGCCGGAGAAGCGUGUUUUGCUUCGAUACAAUCUGAGAACCCCAAAAAUAUACUAAUAUGGUGUCCCUUCUUCCUUCCGAAAUAUGCUGAUGAUGGCACAGGCCUAAACCAUAUAGUGGACAAUAUAUUCUAAAUUAAAACUUAAUAUAAGGUAAUUGCGGGUGACUUUUACUGCCUAGAUAUAAACUGGCCCAAAUUACCAACCUCCCAUCAGGCACGAUGAACUGUUGUCUUUAAUUAUCCUUCACAAGUGGACACGAAUUGUUGAUAGACAUAUCCGAGGAGACAACAUACUAGACACUAUUCACAUCAAUGACAUCUGGUUCCCAUGUACGCAUUACGACAAGUCACCUUUGAAAAUGAUCAUUAAUCGAUAAUACCACUGCGCCCUUUAAACGGAAAACUAGCAAAUGAUUUUAAUAUCGCUCACAAAAGUCAAAAACCUCGACAAAGACUCAGUGGAAAGCCACAUCAGUUUAUUAGACUGGAGCUCAUGCCUUCUAACAACAUCACAUGGAAGUAAUUAUCCUCUUAUACUAUGCCCUGUUUACCAUUCGAGAUAACUUAAGAGACGAAAGAUCCACGUAUCGGCGGCCACACAUUCCAAUCUCCUUCUCCAAGAUACUUAAAAAGGGAGGAAAAGAAACCACACGAUCCCUCUGCAGGUUAUUUAUUCCGACUUCGAAAAAUGAGAGAUAUUAAUAACCUAGUUACGAAAAAGGAAACAAAGAGGUCAUAGCAGUAGAAAAUAGGGUAUUAGAAUCCCCCGAAAGAACAACUCAAAUCCCAGAAGCAAAUGAGUAAUCACUAAAGAUCAGGGCCUGAAACUAUUAUUGAUGACUCGAAACAAGUAAUAUCAAACGACAUUCCAACAGAAAAUUUAUUUGACAAAUAUUUCUUAACCAACUAUGCAGUCGAAAAUGAACCGAUCUUCAACCAGCUGGCAUGACACCACACACGUUUAGUGAGAUCUGUUUUAGUUAAGAGAAUGAAACAAGCUGUCAGAGAGAUUUUUAAUUCCACCUCCUAUGGAACGGACAAAUUCCCACCAUGCAAACUUAGGCAAUAUGACAAAUUCUUCAAUACGUAUCUCUAGGUUAUUCGCUUUACUCUUGUUUCAGUUUAUUUCAGUUUAUUUGGUAAGGAUAAUAGGCAAAGCCUUUGAAAUCCCUAUUGAUUACAUGUCAGCUCGUAAGAAAUAACUGUACACAAACAAAAAAUGUUCACUAUUGAAACAGUACUUGGUUCAUUUGAGAAGCAUUGUCUCAGAGAAAAUAUUUGUCUGGACCAGGGGUAUUAAUUCAGAUUCAGACUGUCGAGGGAAAACAGGGGACACAAAUAAUCAUCCAAGCGUUCCUUGAAGAGUUGUACAGACGUAGUUCCAUUUCUCCACUACCCUUUGCGUGAAAAAUUCAGGACGAAGAUUCAGCCCGUAACUUCAUCGAGUGACCACGAAGAUUGGGCGAAAGGUGCCACUGAAGCAUGUCCUCAAAUUUAAUUCCAUACUCAAGGCCAUGUAGUAUCUUGUAGGCGAGGAUAAGAUCACCUCUUUGCUGCCUGUAACACAGAGGGAAUAAAUUAAGGCUAUUCAGUCUGUCUGUGUAUGAUUGGCUUUUUAGACCGUUUACCAGUGUAAGUGCAAUCAUUUCAGACAUUUGGAAAUAAUCGAGCAUUGCACCAGUCUUCAAAAAUUCGGGCCAGUCUGAUACCCAAAGCUAUCGUGGUGUUUACCAAACAACGGCAAUAGCCAAAAUCUUCUAAAAACAAUUUGCAAUCUACUGCUUAACCAUCUGCCAAACGUUAACUUCAUAUGACCUUUUUACAUAAAAAAGUUGUGUCAAUCCCGCUAUCGCACAUUCCUGGAAUUCGUUUAUAACGAUAGAGAUGACAGGAACACAGAAGCUAUAAUGUGCCUUGAUCGUAAAAAGGUCUUCGACAAGGUUCCCCAAAAAAGACUUAUUAUAAAACAUAUACCGUUCUCGAUUUUUUUAAAUCCUACGUUAAAAACCGAUAGCAAGUAGUACAAGUUCGGAAGGCAGUCCCAGAACCAUCAUAUAUCACCAACGGAGUACUCCAGGGCACUGUCAUAUGCCUAAUUUUAUUUCUCAUAUGUACGCGGAUAAAGCGGAAUGUCCACAGCCGGCUGCAGUUCACUUGUCUAUAGGAUAAGGGAAACAAAUGUAGUUUGAUCAGUUUUUCUGGAUAUGACAGAGUCGUAAGAGCGUCCACCAGUUUUGUCGUUGAUCGUUGCAUCUGCUCGACGGGAUCACCGUCUUUCUUCAUCUAGGACAUCCAUACUGGCAUUCCAUAUUUCAAUUGCGGUCUGACGCACAUAGCAGAGACCAGAGAGAAGUGUUCUGAAGGAAAAACCGUGAAGACACUAUUAAUCUAGUGCAUGAUGCUUUUUUGCCUUUUGGACCCCUGUUUUACAGUGUUUGGAGGGUAGUAAAUUCGAUGCUGUCUAGACAUUCAGGUCUUUUUGUGUAUCCACUUCUUUUAAUGGAAUCCCGUUUAUAGUUUACCGGCAUUUGAAAAAGGUUUCCGACCAUCUUUUAAUAGUAACAGUAAACAUUUGGAAACGCUAAACUCUAGGUGCAACCAUUAGACCAUGCAACAGGCUUAUAUAGAUUUCCUUGCAGUUUCUGAACGUCGUCAGCACAGUUGACUGUUUCCGAGAUAUCUGAAUCACUCCAAAACAUGAUGACAUCCCAAUAAAGAUCUUCAGUACAGUUUUUAUGGAGGUCAGGAAGAGGAGAAGACGUAUGCCCGAAUCCUGCGGAACACCGCUUCUACUGGUACCCAUUGGGAUCUUGCAGCGCCAACAAUCAGUUUUAGCAGCCUGGAUGACUGGAAACUUUUAACUGACAUAAAAAUGUUGCAACUGGCACAGGUGCUCAGCUCUAGACCACCUUCGUUCAAACCCUGUUCACCUUUCUUGAUUGCACAAGCAUUAGGAUGAGAGCUUACAUUGCCAUCAGCCAACGGCAUAAUCAAGCGUUUCCACUGCUAGUUAAAGACAGUCCUAUGUGUCACAAUCGGCCAACAGAACUGGUUGACUAAAUUUCUGACGCGCUUUUUGACAGUCACGCGACAAUAAAGUCAGAUCUGGACUGCUACGAAACCGAACUGGUGUUCAGAACUACUCCCGCACUGCCAUAAAAGAUGACCACCGCAAACUCUCGUUGGGAUCUUCAAAAAUUCAGAAAUCAUUGUACGCCAUCCGCAACUAUUUAUGGUUACGCUAUCUCCCGUUCUACCACAGACUCCAUAGACCGAAUCAUAUGCCCAAAAUAAUAAUGAUAAAUUGUUUUAUUUAGAACCUCUAAGGGUACUGUCGUAGGAAGUAGAGACACAGUCUCGAGUGAAUUUUAGGGACAAGUUGGCGGAUACUGUACAUCGUUUGGUUCGUUUUUUGUAAAGUAGGCAGUCUGAUCUGGAGAAACGCUUACCGAACAAUGAAAAAGUGACUUCAUUUUUUUCGAAAUGUCCAAAACGAAUGUGUUCUGAUUAGCUUUUAAGAAGAAGAAACUGUCCUUGUAGGGAAGGUAAAUAUGGGUAGAUAUGGAACAGUACCGUCCCGUAAUUAAGAUUUUAUAAGGGCUCAAAACGGUCCUAGUCAAGGUCAAAUUUCUACACCGGGUGAGGUUUUUCAUUACAGGUGCUAUCUUAAUAUUUUUGAGUUGACAGCCGUUAAGGUGACCAGACAGGAGGCACUCAGCGCGAUCGCUCACAGUCCCCAUAGAAUCUAAGGAAGGAGGCGGUAUUAAAGGCAGUGGGAGUCAUCAAAGCGGGGGGAUCCGACUGUGCUGCUUAUUUGCUGACGAGCAAACUACUGGAGGCGACAAAAACAGGGGAACGCAACGUGUGUCGUCAGCAGAUCGCUGGGUACCGAAAUGUGGUGAUGGAGUUAAAUCUGCGAAAAUCAUUGUUCACGAAAGGAUAUGGAGGGACAGAGUGAAUUCUUCCUGAGCGUAGGAUUAGAGCCUGACGAUGUUAGAUAUUGUCAAACCCGGGAUGAGAGUGCCAUUAGGGUGGGAACUCGAAACCCCAUUCACUUCAACGUGGCCCUUAUUAUUUUUCCGAGAAUUUGGCUAGGGAACGCAUCGCGUUUUGUGAGGUGUGCGAUGUAUGGACUGAAAAAUCAAAAAAUCGAAAAACAGCGUGGUUGACCGCACUCGCGUGUUUGUUCAGUGUAACCGGGUGUGUAGGCUGCUGAAAUCACCAUGUAUGGCAUCCUUUCGGAUACCUUCAUUUAAUUCAAAGACCACCCGGAUCCAUCCCGGUGCCAUUGACGUUAUCUGCUUCGACCGGUUCAAGGCUGCCGUUCAAGAGAAACAGGUGGACCUACCCAAGGGACAAAAAUAUGCUGACAACCUAUUUCCUUUUACUCCACAUCCCCAACCGUUCCCGACCGUUUGUUAGGUGGCAUUCAAUACAACUAUUGUUAAGCCAGUUCCAUUUGACUUCACAUUAUCUUUCCAGCUAUCUUAACAAUAACAAUACCUGCCUGUUCUGUAUUUACUAAUGUUUUAUGUGAUCCUCAAAUAAGCAUUGACUAUUGACUCUUUAUGGUGCAUGUCAUGAUUGGUGAAUGUUUCAGCCACUUAGCCCAGUCUGCAUUACGUGGACAUCUCCAUGCUUUAUUAAUUUUAAUCAUUUUCGAAACCCUUUCUUCUGGACUUCGGUUCCUAAUUUUGCUUCUUAACUUUUAGUUCUCUUGCCGCAUCGUUUUAGGUAUUACUGCCCGUUCGUCUCCAGGAUGCCCAGCCACUGACCGCUGUUCUAAAUUUGCGCUGCACAUGCCGAUUUUCAACCACAGCUCCAUGAUUUCGCAGAUCCUAGCGGACAAGCCCUAUCUGCCUAAAACCUGUAGUGAAGUGAAUGAAUAGAACUGCAAGCUACUUUAAACAUUAAUACUUGAUUCUAAAUGGUAUAUACUGCGUUUACUCUACAAAAGAUGAGGGAUAUAUAGGAUUUUAUAGGAGCCAACGAACGAGAAGUCGUCUCCAACGUCAUUUUACUUUAGAAGGCAAGAGUACUCGGGGUAAUUGUAGAAGGUUCCGUACCGUUUGCACUCAGUAGUCAUCGUUGCACGAAGGAGCUUUCACCCGGAAAAGUCUACUGAGGGAACAAAGCCAGUUUGUUUUAGUCUUUGUCCAAAUAACUUCAGGUAUUGCGCUAUGACACGUAAAUUAUAAACACAAGGUGGUAGCAAAAUCGAAAAACGUGAUGUCGUGGAAGGAACCCUGCUGUUUUGUGCGUUCUGGUGUAAUCAAACAGAAAUGUAUACUAGUUCAGUUGUGCAAUGAAAAUUUAAAACAUAAAUAAAAUAUUGAUCCAAUCAUACAUGCCUAGUUAUCUAUUUAAUUACCCAGUUCUGGGAAUAAGAAGCGAAAACCUUUACCAACUUGGACGACUUACAUCGGUCAGGUUUGUUAACUGUACCAACACUGGGAGAAAAGAGUCCUUUUAUUCAGAGAUUCAUGGAUUCUUGAACAUCGGUAAAUCGUAGUUGCAGUGGAAUUUGUGGGCCGUACAUUUCCCGCUCUUUUAAUGCUUAAAUUUGUAAAACUGCUCACAGCCAGUGGAGGGCUUUUUGGGAUCUGAGGAUUAGGGCUUCUUGUCGCAAUUUCGACUACGAGUCCGGUGUGAGUCUUAAGCAGUACAUGAUUUAACGAGAUUCGUUUUGUACACCCAAACACGCUUCACCUGCUCAUUUAAGCAUUGAUCUUUUGACUGCUUACGAACAGUGGUCAGAGCAUACUUGUUUUGUCUUCCUUACCAAGGAGCAUCUUCAGAUGUUUCACUUUGGUUUAGGACUUUAUCUAAACCCACCUCAGUGCUCUUAUGAUAUUGCCCACACCACUAAUGUACUUGUCAUUAAGAACCUGCGUACACAGUUUCCAAGCGCUUAGGCCCAUUCCUCUUAACAGCAAUUUGAUUCGGUCGAGGUUUGGCCUGACUACUGUGGGUGUGAAGGUAAAACAGCUUAACGUUUGAAGAAAAUCUGGAGGAAUUUCUGGGAGAGAUGGAGGAAUUUCUUCCGCGUGAGCUUUAUCGGUGGUGUGAACUACCUCUAAUUCUUACUUUAUGCAUUGACGUUAGCCUAUUGGUACGGCACCGCUGAUAAGUGUGCUCUUUUGCACUGACUCUUGUGACGAUAUUUGAUUUUUUCAGUUAGUCUUCUUGAAAAUUCCGCGUUUUUAGACCUCUUAGAUCGUCAGUCUUCGAAGUAGUUCACGAACCAAACUGUUCGGUUGCAAGGCUUACGCAGAGCAGGCACUGUCCUUCACGUCUAGUGACUUCAUUUUGUGCACUUGGCUUUGUUCAGUUGCACUAGCCUUGAAUGACAAGGAAAUCCAAGCUCAGUCAGCUGUUCCUAUGCCACGCUAACGUAUUUCUUCUAACUAAGGUCGAAAUGGCUUCUGUGGCCUUAUAGCCAAGCCCCUGGCUGCCCAUCACGUCUAGACGGUGGACACUGGGAAUUCUUUCCGAAAAACAUUGCCUGCCACAAACGAGCCAAAUGGGAAUCUGGGUCGGUUUUGAGUGCGCUGCGGUAGCACAACGAACAUGUGGUUGACACUAUGUAGCCAGUUGGCGUGUCGCACACAAGUCAGCGUAACUGACCUUAAUAAAGAUCAGUGGUGACCAAAGUUUUCCCGCCACCUUGCUGUUUGGGCUAGCCAAAGGGCUUCCAAACACAGUCCGGAAGAGUUUGUCCCUGACUCCUAAUCCAACUUUCGCGACAGUGCAGCUCAUGUUAUAUGAACGCACGACACGACAUUUAGGUAAGUGAUGCCAGUCGCGUGGGUUCAGAGCUGGCCACUAACUUUCGUUGUCAAAAAUUCCAAGUCUCUUAUUAAAGUGUACGCAUCAAAAAUUAACACAUACUGCGUACACAAGCUUAGACGCUAAUGCUGCCUGUCAGCCUGCCGAGUUUGUCCCACGGUUAGCACUGUACCAUUUCUGUUAUUACGUAGAACAAGCUUUUAAGUGGCAUGGACAUCGUGUGGUGCUGUACAAUCACGACAGCAUCAAAGGCGUUAGACUUCACCUCGGCAUCACUUGCAUCUAUUUAUCUGUUGCAGUUACGGAAGCAUUUUAAGUUGCUGCACAUUAAUGAGAAUCGGCUUUUGCGCUUACAUCCGUGCGGCCUCAAAGACUGUCUUAGCCUGUCUGGCAGCAUUCUUUCCGCCCCAGCAAUCAAGUCUUGACUCUACUGUAUUUUUUGCUGUCUGGCCGCCUAUAAACAAGUACAGGUGUUCCACGUGUUGCCUAUGCCUAACAUAGUUCACAAGACAUUUUAUUGGUUAUUGGAGCUUUGGUUACUACGACAUCUCCUACGAGACAACUUCAAGUAGCAUACCGGUGAACAUACGGGCCUUAUCGCACCAUUGUUAGAUCUGGAGCACUUGCGUCCCUUUUUCGGCACUUUACUCAAUGCUCCUGUCACAAGCUUUGCUUAGAAGUGCUACUUUUCCGUUUAAAUGCAAUACCUUGAGAUCAUUUCCAGGGUUGGUAGUUUUUGCUUUUACGACCUGCCUAUUACAGGCCUAUGCCUUACGUAGCUCGCCGUCUUCUGUGCACUGUGAAGCCAUAUUGAAUUUCGCAGCGGCUUGUUUGGGGAGUCCUCCAGACUUGUACAACCAUUUCUGCAGUAAACGACUGUAAGAUCAAGCGCGGUGGCACAGUCACCCACACCCAUGCGUUUGUCUAAUACAUUUUCGGUGUCCUCAUCAUUGACAACAGCUGGAAUACACUGCAAUGUGACAGAGCGCAAAAAAUGUCUGACGGGGUUCUGUUUAUGAGGUCGAGUAUCGACUUCGUGUUAGUUUUCGAAAGCAGUUUCGCGCUCUUUUUGCUGUCAUAAAUGCAGGCAAACAAUAAUCGCAUGAACAACCACAAGUUAGCCGAUAAAUAACAGCCAAAGCUUUGCGUCUUCUACUGAUCGUAGUAGAAAAUUAACUCUUGAAUAGAGUAAGUGAACAGGAAGGGGCCAUCGCCUACUCGAUCAACUAACGGAUCCAACUUCCCCGAACUUAUGUGAUCUUGUAAACACAUUUCUGGUGGGCAACCUCGCCAGGUGGUGGUGAGCUACGCCCAUACCGUGGAUGGUCAGUCCAGCAGCCACGUCCACCCCCUUCCCGACUAGUCGCAGACAGCGAACCGCGGGCGCAAACCGACGUACACAGCAACGAUUCCCUUUGAAUGUUGGCUGCGCAGCCGACCUGUCAGUCUGACAGUGCUGAACGGCCACAUAUUUCGCUGGACAAUUCAGGCCCAAAGCAAAGCCAGCCCGACGAUCACCGCCUUCUUUUCGGUUUAGACUUAUUUGCACAGUUGUCUGACUAGCCAAACACCCCAACUCAUAGGUAUGCCCGGGGGUGGGACUUAACUAGGGUUGGCCUAGGAUUUCAGCCCUGGAAUGAUUUUCCGCAACCCUGAACAUUGCCACUUAUAUUACUUGAAACUCGCGUACUCAUCGUUUUAUAUUUCAACUGAUCUGACACCGACUGUGAACUUUCGACGAAGUUAAGUACAAACCACAGGUACUCGUUUGGGUUAAUGCUUGAUUUCGUUUCAAUCGUGUUUCCUAGUGUAAAGUUCGUCGAGGUAGCAGACAUUGCCAAUGACUCAAGUUAUUUGUCUUCUGCCAUGAGCUGGUCCAUGCCUCUGACAGCGAAACUCGAGACAAUAGUUGUCGUUCUGGUGGAAUUUAUGUUUUGGUUCACUUCAACUAUCUUCGCACCUACAGGCAGCACAGGACGCAAUACUCUCAGGGUACUCAUCAGUUCUCAUGAUCGGGAUCCGUUGUACGUGAUCCAUGGUCGGGUACAACACCCGGGUGUUCUGCCGGUGUUCAGCCCACUUCACAAUUUAGUCCUCUUAGCCAAAUCUCGUGACCCAGGGCACAGCCGUGAUAAAUAAAUAAAUAAAAUAAAUAAUUUUUAUUAAAAACCCGUCGGGAUCCCAUCAAAUCAUGCCUAAUUUAGCUGGCCUCGAUAAUGUCACGGAUUAAACCUCUCCACGCAUGACGAUCUGCGACAGCGAAUCCGGACAGCUCGACUCAUUCUUUUUUCCAACUGCGGGGACUGAAAACCGAAGGUCCGUGAGCAAUCAUGUCUUUACGAACUGUGCUGAGUUAGGUUUUGAGUCGACCUCUUCUUCGACGCCUCCAGGUUGACAACGGCGCUAGAUCGGAGGUAGCAACACUGACCUCCUGUCGCUGAUAACAAAAUUGUCCGACUACCGGGAUCUGAAAAAACCGGAUGUGAUAUCACAUAAGUCACCCUCCGAAAUAACUACUUUUGUAUGCCCCUUCAGCGGCAAUAACUGUGACGUCGUACGGUCUUGCCGUAAGAUCGACGCAAUGGAUUCCCGAUAAAUGGUCUAAUGCAACAGCAGACUCCACAAAACACGAUUGUUAGCUGCUGCCACCACUGGUAUUGCUUGUAUUCGCGUGGCCAGCAAAACAAACAUUGUUUAUGCGCACUGCCCUUUCGAGGCCGAAUGUCCCAAGUAAUCCAAAACUAUUAAGAAGGAGGAUGUGAAAGUGAAUUACAGCUCUGAGGAGGCUGAUACCGAUGUGCUAUACAGACGACGAUCUGCCGCCUUUCUUGAAAAUAGCAUGCUCAUUGCGUCAAUCCGGUCUAACUGCGGAUCCAAUUUCCGAAAUUUGGGAACGACUGACCGGUUUUUAUCCAUUUGGCCGACGAGUAUCCUGAAGCGGUAAUUGUAAAAGCCGACUGGGAGGCAGUCCUAGCCUAGGAUUCUGUCAUUCCUUAUUUUUCGUCAAAGCCUUAGGUGUUAGGCGGAGGCCACAGCCACAGUUAAGCUCUGGCGUCGCUAGUGUCCUAAAUGGGUUUAAGAAUAUCGAGUUUUUACGAUUCGCAAGUCAGCAAAAUUCUCCUUACAUGCUGACAAUACCGUAGAAUUUCGGCUACCUCUUGAGUUCGAGAAGGACAAGUAAAUAAAUAAAUCUAUUUUCCAAGUCCGUUUCAACUGAAUGAUGUCAUCGUUAGACUAGGCACGUUUGGGCGAUUAGUCAGUCUUACCACAGAAUUUGUUGUGAAAGUUUCGUGUGGAGUGAGUAACCUCGACGGAAGGACCGUAAGUCCGAGCUACCGGUAGGACAAGUUGCCGCGGCACUGCCAUCGGUCAGCUAGUCUCACCACAAAUCCAGUCGUAGCGGCAACUCUUGCCAUGGCCUAACGCUUCUUGCAACGCUUCGGGGAAUGUGUUUCCGAUCGAAGCUGUCCUUUCUUGCUAGAAGCGUCUCGAAGGCGACCGUCGUCCGUGUCAGAGUGGAUUGGUGGUUUACCAUGGCCAAACGUAAGCCGAUGGUAUCCGCAGGAUCCGUCAGAAACAAAUCACUGCCUUUCUUCGCUUUCCCCGCCUACUCGAUGUCAUUUAGUUUGUAUUGCACCCUGGCUCUACCAAAGGUGUGGUUGAAGCCCUUCCCCAUCGAACAUUAGAGUCAACACGUACUCAGACAGUCCGCGCGGGCAAGUAUGUAGUCAGUGUUGAUUUGUCUUUAUCCACGAGCUGAAUAGAGGGCGAUUGGAUGGCUCAUCGUCAUCACUACCAAACAAUAAUUUUUCGCUGGGAAAUGACUGAGGUCGUUUUUUAGUUGCGCUACACCUACCUGGACCGUCACUAAAACCCUUUCAGCAGCAAGGUCGUGUGGGCCUGACUGCUGUCUGGCAGUUACUUUUUGAGAACUACUCUAACAUCACCGAUUUUCCGCUCAGGGUAUCUGUUACUAUCCCUGGUGACCAUAAGUUUCCGUGACCAAAACACGCCAAAUUUGCCAGUUAACAGCGUUUCCAGACGUGGCAUCGUUCAGAGAUCGGCCAAAAAGUGGCCUGCUGAACAAAGUAUUUGUUAGGACCAGACCUGGUACUCAGAAAUAACAGAUAUUAUGCGUGUUCGACUGUUGUCCCGUCUACUAACACGGCAGAGAAGUAGGAGACAAUCGACCGCGACAAAAUGUACUGAAACCUGCAAGUCGUUCCCACUAAAAAGUCCCUUUCAAAACGAAGGAACUAAAAAAAGCCGAAGAACUUCUCGUAGAUAUGGAGCGAUUAGGCUCCAAUGGUACGCUGCGACCUCAGCCAAUGAAAAGAAGCUGUCGAGGGCGUGCUGCUGCAUGCAGACGACACAACCCUGACGUGCGCACGUGCUUUCCAGAGAGAUCAACUGAUUCAUUUUGGGAGUAUAGACAUUCCCAACGGUAUUUCACCCGGACCUUAAUCAUCUUGGCCGAUCGAAUGACAUCACCGACAAAGAUAAGGGGGACUGGGAUAACCAUUUCUGGUUAUUAGCCGUCAUCACCCAGUCAUACCCAACUCCGAAGUGUGCGACACCUGGGGUUCGAUCCCGUAACCUGUUAAUUAGGGGUCCAAUUCCUCUAACGUUGUCCUGUCGGUUGUGAUCGGGAACAUCCAAUGCUGGGGAGCGCGCACCAAUCGUCUUUACGGAACUCACUCGUCCCGCCGUGGUUUAGGGCUCUCUCUCGAGCCAAACCAGCAGCCUCAGCGGCACAUGAUAUACGCAGAAUAGCAUCACCAACAUGCGUCGCAUCGCGGCUGCUGGUCGGGUUCGAGAGAGCCCCAAGGCACAACGGAACGAGUUAGUUCCUUAAAAACGAUCGGUGAGCGCCCCUCUACCGUCUUGGUCGACUCAGUGGGGACUAUAUUUAACUCCCCUCCUUUCCAAAUUGCUCCUCUAACCCGUAUCUGCUUAACUUUCUGUACCAUCAACAGUUCAGCGAGUAAUGGCAUGCAUUUAAGGGAUUUUGUGUCCGGCUCGCCGUCCUGCAGCGAAGAAAAAUCGGCCUUGACUCUCUCUCUAUCUCUCUCUCUCGUUUUAAGCGUUUGAGACCAUCAUGGAUACCAAGUUGCUCAGUAGUAGAAAGCAAUGUUGGUGAAUGCACGUUCCCAUAAGUUGACUUUGAUCUGUAUUCCGACGACCUGACUAUGUAGUCGUAAUGACACGAUGAAGAAUUGACAAAAACGUAUCCUCACCAAGAUUUUUGUCUAACUAGUUUGUUUUCCGUAUGAAAGGCCAGCUAAUUUUGGCACCCUUCAAUGCCAACUCAAAGAUUCAGUAAACAGUCUUUGUCGCACCGGAUAGCCAUCUCCGUCCCGGCCCGUCAUUAUAAGUUUUUUCGCCUCAUAUUUGGCUCAAAUAACUUGACUUUGUAAGACAUGUUUCGGCUUUUUAAGAUGUGACCCUUCCAUUUUUGCCCAUGCAGGUUAGUCAGGUGAUUUAAUGGCCAUUCGUGCCUUUGUUCAUGCGGUAUACACUAACAAACUUCAGGAUUGCUAUGUGAUUCCAUCAUCUUAAACGCAUGUGUGGUGGACGAACAACAGUAUCACUGCGACCUCAGCAGCUCCAGGUCUACCCUGUCCACAUUGCCACCGCACCUGCAGAUUACGCAUCGGCUUAGUCAGUCAUUUGCGAAUCGCACAGGGGCUGGCUGAUCAGUGCCUGAACCACCAGUAUACGCCCUUCGUCACCACUUCGACUGACCACAAUGCCCACUCACAGUCAGCCAUCUCAUGGGCCUACUCGGCCACAUGUGCCUUCAUGAAAAUAUAUAGUAAAUCACCGCAAAGUAGACCAUAUCACCGCACACUUCCCCAUCAGCACAUGCACCACACCUAAACACGCCAAACAACACACCGCAGUCAUAAGCUAGACGCCUCAUGUAAGUGAGAAGUGUCUUCUUCGGCUUCUUCACGUGGAUCUUCUGUUGUAUGUAAGAUCCGGCCAAUCUACCCCCUUCGUGUGGAGUCCUGGGUGUUGUGUGGGGGGCCAGGUCGCGGGUGUAUGCACGCGCAGACGGGCUGUUCUUAGCUCUGUUAGCCACUUCUUCCAAUCUCAGCAUCAGUUGGUUAGCCGGAUCGGACAAUCGACUGGUGUACCGGAAAGGUAGGAGAGAGUGAGGUCGAUUCACAGCACAUAUUCCUCCCUAUAAGCGGUCGGACGCGUUUGUGAUUUACUCAGUCACUGCACCUGAUCCCGUCUUCGGUUUUCUUGACUCUGUCUUGACGCCGGGCCCAGCUGGAUGGGGGAAAGAAUUUGGCAAAUGCACCGCAGGUCCACUAUCACAAUAAACUAAUUCACGUGCAAGUCACCGUCCCUGCGCCCACCUUGCUGUUUGGCACGAUGAGCAUCGUCGGAAUCGCCGACCGAGCUACUGUCCUGUAUGGUGAGCGGAAGUUAGUUGGCCGGUGCCUCCUGAUCUCGUGCACCAGUUUUCGCGUAGUGUCAGUGGUGUGGAUUAAACGCAGCUAUUGAAAAUCCUGUCAUUCGUCCUGAAGCGAAUACUAUGCCCGCUGUGACAGUGUCUCAAUUUGGCGCAGAUUAGCUGGACUGCGGAAUGGGAGUGAGUUAGAUGUCUUCGGGUCGCCACUGUCGGUCCAAACAACGGCGGUCCUCAUUGAGUAUGUCGAACAAACUACCACAUACUUUCUUUUGCACUUGGUCGUUUAUUGUUAGGUAAGAAGCUGAGCCAUCGUAGUCCCAUCCAAUAAUUGUGCGCUAAGUUGAAGAGAAAAUUACGCAAGGGACAGCCACAAAAAUUUCGAUGUUCAUUAUUGUUUACGUGAGUGCUUCGCCGCUGGUUGGUACUUAUGUUAUGCUAGACCCAAGUCGGGGUAAAAGAGUCUGUGGCAUAAUCUAGACAAUUCGCCUCGUAAGCCUUUGCAGAUGUAAUCAAUGCUCCCUCAUCGAGACCCUUCAGUUUCCAACUGGCUGCCAGAGAGCAACCGAAGUAAAAUUGAUACAGUCCCAAAUAGAGGCGUCAAAAAUCCGCUGGUGACCCCGCUUAAAGGGUUUUCAGAACAGAAAAAAUGAAUUAUUUAAGCCAGCCUCCCAUGUUAAAUAUUGUCCUUUUCACCGACCCUGGCUUUCUCAAUGCCUCUGUCUUGCUUUUUACGCUAACUCUUCUCAAACAAUUUCCGAUUUUAUGAAAUGAUUGCGGAUACUGACAACGCUACAAGUAGUUUUUUUCUUCCAGUUUCCGUGCCUCCAACUCAUUUGA